CUCUGGUCCCUCCCACACUUUUUUUCUCUCUCGUCUCUGUCCUCUCAGUUAUCACUCCACAAGCUCUUACAUUUUUCCUUGUUUUUGUUCUUUACUCAACUCUUGACAUCGUUCUCGGCCACAAACACCCAGAGCCCAAAGUCCCUCACACACACAGAGGAGAGGAAAAAGAUUUCUUAGUCACAAGAUUUGAUGGAGAAAAAGCAAUUGGAUUUGGAUGCUCCACUGUUAUCUGUGAGGCGAUUUUCAUCAGCAUUAGUUUCGUCAAAUGGAGAGAACAAGAAGAUGAUUGAGAAGUCAAUUCCGCACCACAGACACCAUUCUCUUCCUUCAUUCAAAUCCGAGUGGGAGUUAGCUGAGGUUACUAAACCAGUGGCAGUGCCUUUCCUGUGGGAGCAGAUUCCCGGAAGACCCAAAGGUGGAAGUGAAUCUGAGGUUCAAUCUCCCAUUGAACCUUCAAAUACUCCACGGCUUCCUCCAGGAAGGGCAAUAGAGUUUUCAAAGCCAUCAUCAGAAGAAGGAUACAAAGAUCAGAAUGUGUUUAAGUCGCAAAUUGAAGAGUCUCCUUUUAAUGUUAUUGCAACAUUAUUGGAGACCUUGAACAAGGGAGUGGAUACAGACAGUGAAUAUGAUGAAUAUUCUGAUGCACUCGACAUGCUAUCACCCACAGAAACAUUGUCAAUGAAUAGUAGAGUAAGUGGUUCGGAUGCAAAACCAUGUGGAACCUAUUUUGCUGAUAUGCAAACUCGUGAUUUUAUGAUGAAUCGUUUCUUACCAGCAGCGAAGGCUAUGGUUUUGGAUACACCUCAGUAUGUUUCAAAGAAACAAUCUCUACCAGUUAACAAAGUGGUCGGUGUCCAAAGGAGGCAUGUUCUUGAGCAGCACAGGUCGGACAUUGUACCACACUAUGCUCAAUAUUUACAGGACAUAGAAAGUGAAGAUGAAGAUGAAGAUGAUGAUGAUGAUGAGUACGAUAGUUCUGGAAAAACAUCAGUGAAAGGUUGUGGAUUAUUUUCUCAGUUUUGCUUCAAGAACUCUCUGUGUCUAUUAAAUCCUGUGCCAGGGAUGAAACCUGUUACCCAUUUUCCGAUUACUUCAGCUAAAGAAGUCAGCAGACUGGCCAGAACUGCAUAUAGUGGACCUCAAACCCAAAUUGCUGACAAGCAUGCUGGGAGUGCUGUUUAUAAGCCAAAAUUCGAUUAUAGAGCCCAAUCACAUGAGCUGCAUAAGGUGAAGAGUAAGUUAACCAUUGAAUCCCAUCGGUUACGUUACUCUGAUGACUUGCGUACGUCACGUGGAUCAUCUCCCUACAGGGUGGAAAAAGCUGCUACUGCAGAAUCUUUAUUGCAUGAUAUAAGAUGCUCACAUAUUUUGGUUGGCGCUAAUACACCUUCUGAUCGAUUAGCCAAUCUUAGAGGCCAAGGAAACAGAAUAGAGGACUUGAGGAUCAAUCAAGGUCAAGAUCAACAAUCCAUGUCCUUAGAUUGCUCAAGAUUGCACUGCAAUGCAAAACUUCUUUCGAACAAUGAACAUAUUCUAAAAGCAGACGAUCAAGGCAGUCCUAAUGUUGGAUCUUCACUGUCUUCGCUCCCUCCUCCUUUACCAAAGUCACCUUCUGAAUCUUGGCUCUGUCGUACCCUCCCUUCCAUUUCUUUCCAGCAUCCACUGUCACAUUCAGGACUUGGCACUCAGUUCCAUCACAAAAUGCCGCAUGCCAAAGUGCCCAGCUCGGGAACCAAGUGGGAGAACAUUGUGAAGACCUCUAAUGGGCAUCAUGAUCAUGUACGCUGUUCAAAGGAACUAGUUCCUCGCGUUUCGCUGCAUUUCAAACCAUUGUGAAAUUGGUGAAAAAUUCAAUUACUUUGGAAAAAUUUAGUUUGAAGGCAGCUGAAAAUUUUCAGCAUCACUCAAAUCAUAUGUUGAUCUUUGUAAGUAACAUGUUCUGUUAUUAUUGAAUACAAUGUAUCAUGUAACUAAGAGGAACAGGUUUUUUAUUUUUGUUUAUCAGGCUAUUGCUAAAAUUUAAACUCCUUGAUUAGGCAAUACAGCUUUCUGUGUUUUGGUUUGUUCAAGUUCAUGGACCAUCUUCCAUUC